AAAAGCAAAUAAUAAGAAAAGAAAAACAAAAACUAUUGUCUAUUAGUAGUUUUUAACGGUACAUUUUAAAUCAAAUCUUUUAAACGAGCUUCUAAAACAAGAGAGAAAAAAACACACACACACACAUUCACCUUAACCUUAAACGCGGCCCCCUUAAGCCAACAACAACAAACGAUUUAGCCUAAAAGCAGGCAACACGAAAAUUUAUACAAAUUCGGCGACGCCAGCUGCGACGCCGACUGCAACGACAACUGCAGCAGCAGCAGCAGCGACCUUGGCGUGCACACAUUUGCAUUCGGCUAUUGGACAAUAGAGGGCGCCACGUCAUGACAGGAAGUGAGGCCGGCGGCUUACGUGCGAUUGUGGCCUUCGCAUAACCUUAAGCCCAGAGACGCGCGCUUUCACCUUUUGCCGCGGCUGGCCAUUAAAAUGCAGGAAAUGAGCUACCUGCAGGAUAAUUCCAAAUUGGAGGCACUCACCAAAGCCGUACUCAUCUCCAUUCUGGGCGUGGCCAUAGUCCUAUCCAAUUUGUUAAUUAUAGCCACCUAUGCGAACUUUAAAGGUCCCACAGAGGUGAUAAACUAUUAUCUGCUGUCGCUGGCGAUUGCCGAUCUGCUAUGCGGCCUGCUGGUGGUGCCCUUCUCCGUCUACCCGGCGCUGACCGGCGAAUGGAUGUACGGGGAUAUCGUUUGCCGUUUCACCGGCUAUCUGGAGGUGACGCUGUGGGCCGUAUCCGUCUAUACGUUCAUGUGGAUAUCGGUGGAUCGUUAUUUGGCGGUGCGAAAGCCGCUGCGCUACGAGACGGUGCAGACGAAGACGCGCUGCCAGUGUUGGAUGGUGUUCACAUGGAUAUCGGCCGCAUUGCUGUGCUGUCCUCCGAUUUUGGGCUAUACGCAGCCAAUUGAGAACAAUUUGUCGCACAUUUGCAUGCUGGACUGGGGCAAUAUGGCGGCAUAUACCGUUACAUUGGCAAUAUUAGUAUUAGGUCCCAGCCUCAUAUCGAUAGUACACAAUUACGGUUAUAUAUUUGUAAUGAUGCGUAAGCUAAGAUCCGGCGAGCCCAUACACGAUAAAGAAUAUGCAACUGCAUUGGCUGAAAAUUUAUCGAACCCUAGUCAUAUGAUGUCAUUCGCAUUAGUCUUUGCAUUCUGGAUGUCCUGGCUGCCAUGGAUACUAUUGCGUCUAUACGAGGCGGUCAUGGGCGAGGUUAUCCAAAGUACUCUCAUCAAUUUUGCGGUCGUCUGGAUUGGCAUAUUGAACUCAUUUUGGAAGAUCCUUAUAAUGUCGAGCAUGUCGCCGCAAUUCCGUAUCGCACUGAGAGUAUUUUGUUUAACCAUUUGCUGUAAGACUAAGGGCAGAUUGCAAGCGGAAUUAAUCGGGUUGGACCCAGAUGACUAGAGUCGUUAAAUUUUCAAGUAUAAAUUGGUUGUAAAUCGAACAAAUGAUAAAUGAAAAACAAAAAAAAAGCAUGCAUCUCUGUGUCAUUGCCACAAAACAUUUACAUAUAGUUGCGCUCCCCCACAAUAACUGAAUCGUACUUGCCGCUUGGCCACAUAGUUGCAUAUUUUAUGGAUCGCCGGAAACGGCUACGCAACACUCCAAGCAAACAGAACUUUAAACUAAUUGAAAGACAUAUUCAUUUGUUAGACCGUAAGCUAUGUUUGGUAAGAGAGUUUUUUAACAUAAUUAUGUUUCGGAUUCGAUUGUAUUAUGUAUUGUGUAUUUAUGAGCUUAACAAAAAAAAAAAA